AUGGGAGAGGAGCUUACCUCACUUGUUGUGGAUAAUGGAUCGGGAAUGGUGAAGGCUGGUCUUGCAGGGAAUGAUGCCCCCAGCGCCGUGUUCCCUUCUAUAGUCGGUCGUCCCAAACACCAGGGAAUUAUGGUUGGGAUGCAAGACAAAGAGUGUUACGUCGGCGACGAGGCACAAAGCAAGAGAGGAAUCCUUAUCCUUAAGUAUCCUAUUGAACACGGAAUCAUCACCAAUUGGGAUGACAUGGAGCGUGUAUGGCACCACACAUUCUACAACGAAUUGCGUGUCGCGCCAGAAGAGCAUCCCGUUUUGUUGACGGAAGCGCCGCUCAAUCCGAAAGCGAAUCGAGAAAAAAUGACGCAAAUGAUGUUCGAAACAUUUUCAGUUCCGGCGUCCUACAUCGCAAUCCAGGCCGUUCUGUCGUUGUACGCGUCUGGUCGUACGACUGGAAUAGUUAUGGAUUCCGGCGAUGGUGUAUCGCACACUGUCCCAAUCUACGAAGGAUACGCUCUCCCUCAUGCAAUUCUUCGACUUGAUCUCGCUGGCCGAGAUUUGACGCACCACAUGAUGACAAUCCUCACUCAGAGAGGAUACGCGUUCACCACAACUGCAGAAAGAGAAAUCGUCCGAGAUAUCAAAGAAAAACUCUGCUACGUUGCGCUUGACUUCGACGCCGAAAUCAAAGCAGCGAACGAUGGAAGCGCCGAGAUUGAGAAGUUGUAUGAGCUGCCAGACGGGCAAGUCAUUACCGUUGGAACGGAACGCUUCCGCUGCCCUGAAGCGCUGUUCCAGCCAAGUCUUGUCGGAAAGGAAGCCCAAGGAAUCCAUCAGACAACAUUCGAAUCCAUUCAGAAGUGCGAUGUCGAUAUUCGACGCGAUCUCUUCGGAAAUAUUGUGCUGUCUGGCGGAACGACGAUGUACGAAGGAAUUGCGGACAGAAUGAUCAAAGAAAUCUCCGCGUUGACCGCAUCGUCCAUCAAAGUGAAGGUUAUUGCUCCACCAGAGAGAAAAUACUCCGUGUGGAUUGGAGGGUCGAUUCUUUCGUCACUCUCGACUUUCCAAAGCAUGUGGAUCACGAAGGAGGAAUACGAUGAAUCGGGACCUUCUAUUGUCCAUCGUAAAUGCUUCUAA